ACUAUUGUGAAUUGACAGUGGAAAGAACAAGCUAAAAGAAAAGAAAUAUCAACAUUUUUGGCGGCUGGGGCACCACUUUGGAAAAUUGCUGGCGCAACUGGUCUCAGUUCUUAUAAAAACUAGCUUAAUAAAAAUGGAUUUAAAUGAUGCCGUUGUUACCUGUGCUAUAAAUAUCCUAUGGAGUAAUUCGGUUGGUGUGACCGGAAAAAAAAUAGUUUUUAAAACUGCUACGUUGCGUUUGGUUCGGAAUGACGUGAGAGAGCUGUUUGUUGAAGUCACUGGUGAGAAGGCUAAGCCGAUUAAAUUCAAGCUUAGAGAUGUAAUGGUUCAUAAGAAAUUUAUGUCCGAGGGCAAGGCAUCAAUUAACUUUAAGAGUGAAAACUGUGUAAUGUAUCUCUCGAAUGCUCCACCGGGCAUAUUAAUGUACUUUCUUCGUACAAUUUUCAUAAAAUUGAAUGGUGGUGAACAAAAGGAUGAAGCGACCACACAAAAGCAAUUGCGUGCACAUAUGCUUUCGGGUAAACCAAGUGCCUUCGAAGAGGUUUCCCCGAUCACGACCACAGAGAUGAUUAUGGCGAAAAAGAAAGCUGGUUUGUUGGGGCGUGGUACGGCGACAACGACAUCACCACUGGUUUCACAAAAACGACGCUACGAUGACAUCAGUAGAGAGGAUGGUAAAUCGAUUUCACAGGCACCUGCGGCCAAGAAGCUUUACCAAGACAAGGAUACAGCGACGCCUUCACUCGGUGUCGAAGAAAAGGUCAAACUUUGUGAAGAGCAAUUGGAAGUACUUCGGGCCUGCACCUCCGGAAAGAACGUGUUCUUCACCGGCUCUGCUGGUACGGGCAAAAGUUUUCUUCUACGUAAAAUUAUAUCUGCUCUGCCACCAGAUGGUACUAUGGCGACUGCUUCAACAGGUGUAGCCGCCUGUCUCAUUGGUGGUACAACCCUUCACGCGUUUGCAGGGAUUGGCGGAGGUGAUUAUGGACUACAACGUUGCAUAGAAUUAGCUUCCCGUCCCGCAAGCGCUCAGAUUUGGCGGAAAUGUAAGCGGCUUAUUAUAGAUGAAAUAUCUAUGGUGGACGGGCAGUAUUUUGAGAAAAUAGAAACUGUAGCCAGACAUGUGCGCAAAAAUGAUAAACCUUUUGGCGGAAUACAGUUGAUACUAUGUGGUGAUUUUUUGCAACUACCACCUGUGGUUAAAACGGAAAACAAUUCCACACCAACGCAACGCUUUUGCUUCCAAUCGAACGCCUGGGAGAAAUGUAUUCAAUGUGUCUUUGAGUUAAAAGAAGUUCACAGGCAAUCUGACCCUCAAUUUGUGAAAAUUUUAAAUCACAUUCGUAUUGGGCAUGUUAAUGAAGAAAUAACGAAACGUUUACGUGCAACGUCAAAGCAAAAAAUUGAAGGAAAUGGAAUUCUGGCUACACAGCUUUGCUCACAUACGAACGAUGCGCAUUCAAUAAAUGAAUCCAAGCUAGAGAGUUUGGACGGUGAAAAGGUCCUAUUUCGUGCUGAGGAUUCUGACGCUAAUAUGGCGAAACAGUUGGAUUCACAGCUCCAGGCAACUUCACAACUCUAUUUAAAAAUUAACGCCCAAGUCAUGUUGUUAAAAAAUAUAAACAUAUCUGCUGGUCUGGUGAACGGUGCACGUGGUGUUGUUGUUCGUAUUGAAAAGGGGGUGCCCGUUGUACGGUUUAAAAAUAACCGUGAAUAUCUGUGUAAACAUGAAAAAUGGAUUAUAAAAACAGCAUCUGGGGGCACAAUUACUCGAAGACAGGUGCCUUUGAAAUUGGCAUGGGCAUUUUCGAUACACAAGAGUCAAGGACUUACAUUAGACUGCGUUGAGAUGUCACUUUCAAAAGUAUUUGAGGCUGGUCAGGCAUACGUUGCACUAUCGCGAGCAAAAUCUUUAGAUUCUUUGCGUAUAUUAGACUUCGAUCCAAAACAGGUUUGGGCCAAUGCACAAGUGCUGCAAUAUUAUAAACUAUUUCGUAGACGUCUACAUGAUAGUACAAUGAUACCGUUAGGUGCUAAGAAUAUAAAACGCGAAAAAAGCAAUGACCCCAAAACAAUCGCUUUGGCCAAAUUGAAAAAAAGCUUGAUGGACAAGCCUCUGGUAUCUAUAAGCUAACUAUAGCUAUUUGAAAUUUUCGAAAGGAAUAACUGACUUAUAACGGCAACUCCUAAAUUAUAUAUUUGUACUGAAAAUUACAGAAAAACUAUGAG